GGACGUGGCAGUGGAGCAGAGACCGACCCCCAGUAAAUCCAAGAUCCAAGAGAUCAGAGUGGGAAGAGGCAGCGGAGCCUAGACAAACAUAAAUUGGAUAUAUCUGAUAUCUUUGAUAGCUGAUCGUUGAACGUCGGUCGUCGGUCGUUGGUUUCCGAGUGUGUUUCUGUGUUUGUGUGUGUGUGUGUGUGGGAUCGUGGGAUCCCAGCUGUGUGCGUGCCUGCCGCCUCUGCAAAUAUUGGCCAACAGUUAAUGGCCAUGAAGAAACUCUAUGCCAAGACCUCGUUCAGCAGCAAGAAACCCAAUGCCGUGGUGGCCCCCUCGGGCCCCAUCCUGGCCUACCACCAGUCGUCCGGCCCCGCUGGCGGCAUGUGUGAGUUCCAGGCAACAAAAGGUGUGCCCGUGCCGGCUCCAGGGGCUGCCACACAUCCCGCCGCGGAGAUGAUCCGUCGCAGCCAGAGCCUGCACCGCGUCAAGGGCCAGGGACUGUCCGAGUACUACAGCAUCGAGGAGCUGCAGGAGCUGGAUCUGCUCGACUACCGCCACCCCAUGUAUCACCACUACCAGCAGCAGCAGCAGCAGGAUAUGUUCAUGCGCCAGCGGUCGGCCUACCACGAGCAUGAUCAGCUCAUUCUGCAGCUGCCUAAGGUCGCCAGUGGCGCUGCUCCCAUCUACGAGGCUCCCCAACAGCCGCACCAACGAUCCGUCCAGGAUCAGACGUUUGAGCAGAGCAUUAUUGGGGCACGCGCCUCUGUGAUGGUCUACGACGACAACCAGAAGAAGUGGGUGCCCUCGGGUAGCUCGUCGGGACUGAGCAAGGUGCAGAUCUACCACCACCAGCAGAACAACACGUUCCGGGUGGUGGGACGGAAGCUGCAGGACCACGAGGUGGUGAUCAACUGCUCGAUCCUGAAGGGGCUGAAGUACAACCAGGCCACGGCCACGUUUCAUCAGUGGCGCGACUCCAAGUUUGUCUACGGCCUGAACUUCUCCAGCCAGAAUGAUGCAGAGAAUUUUGCUAGGGCCAUGAUGCACGCGUUGGAGUCCGUCUCUCAAUCGCUGCAGGUGCUCAGCGGCCGGGUGGCCAACAACCCGGGCGGACAGCCCACCAACGGCAACGGUUACGAGGAGGACAUGGGCUACCGCACCAUGACCAGCGAGGACGCGGCCAUUCUCCGACAGAACAACGGCAUUGCCGGCCACAUCACGCCCUCGGCCCAGACGCCCACCUCGCAGACCAACCAGAACAACAUUCCCCAGAGUCCGCCGACGCCACAGGGUCAUCAUCGCACUAGCAGGAAUUCCCUUAGCGCACCGCCGGCCCCCCAGCCGCAGCAGCAGCAGCAGCAGAUGGCCCCACCGGGUCCACAUUACGGACCACCCACCGGCAACGGACCCACUCCCAACGGCCUCCCGCCGCAGGUGAACCCACAGAUCCCCCCGGCCCCUGGCCAGGCUCUGCAGCAGCCGCAGCCCCAACAACAGCAACAGCAGCCGUACCAGCAGCAGCAGCAGCAAACCCUCUACGCCGCCCAGCAGCAGCAGAUGGUCCAGGCGGGCUAUCCGCCCGCUCAGUACCAGCAACCGCAUUAUGUGCUCUCCAAUUCUAAUCCCAAUCUCAAUAUGCAUCAAUACCCGACACAGCCCCCACAGCAAACGUUGCCUCAGCAGCAGCAGCAGCAGCCCCAGCCGCCGCACCAAAACGGGGGCGGACCAAUCUACGUGGUCUCGCAGCCCGUCCACGGACACGGUCACAUCCCGAGCUCGGCCAGCGCCAACAGCGUCGUCUACGCCAGCCAGCAGCAGAUGGUCCAGCAGCAGCAGCCGCCACAGGCGCCGGCAAUGCCCGGUCCUGGCUACGGUCCGCCCCAGGCACACCCACAACCGCCGCCGCAGCAGCAGCAACAGGCGGAGAAUCCGUAUGGCCAGGUGCCAAUGCCGCCGCCUAUGAAUCCGUCACAAAGUCAGAUCCCUCUGAACCGCAUGAGCAGCCAGGGCGGAGGCCAGCCCGCUGCUCCAGCCCCGCCUCCGCCGCCGCCCACCUUCGGUGGAGCUCCGCCAGCGCCGCCACAGAUGUUUAACGGAGCCCCGCCUCCGCCACAGCCGCCAGCUCCACCGGCGCCGCCAGCCAUGGGCGGACCUCCAGCUCCGGGAGCCUCCGGUGGUCCGGGUGCCCCUCCUCCACCGCCACCGCCCCCGGGAAUGGGCGGAGCGCUCAAAAAGGAUGACCCCCAAGCAGAUCUCAUGGGCUCGCUGGCCUCCCAACUGCAGCAGUUCAAGCUCAAGAAAAAUAAGUCCACGACUUCCGCUCCGGAGAACAGUGGCAGCAGCACCUCAAGUGGAGGCAGCGGAAACUAUGGCACAAUCGGACGCAGCUCCAAUGGCAUGGCCUCCAUGAUGGAUGAGAUGGCCAAGACGCUGGCGCGGCGUCGUGCCCAGGCCGAGAAGAAGGAGCCCGAUCCUGAACCCGAGGUGAAGCAGCGUCCGUGGGAAAAGUCCAACACGCUGCCCCACAAGCUGGGCGGCGGCGCCGGAAGCGGUUCUGGGACGAACGGUCCCAACGGCAGCUCUGGCGGAGCAGGCAGCAACACAACGAACAGCGGCGGGGAAUCGCCGCGGCCAAUGCGAAAGCGCUUCGGCAGUGCCAGCGAGGAGACCAUUCUGAAGGUGAACGGCGAUGGCCUGUCCCUGGCACUGUCCAACGGCGACUUGGACACACUGAAGGCUGAGAUAGUGCGCGAGAUGCGCUUGGAGAUCCAAAAGGUCAAGAAUGAGAUCAUAGAUGCUAUCAAAUCGGAGUUCAAUCGCAGAUAGAUCAACACAUCAAAAAAUGCAUUACCCCGACCAUUCCGGAUGGUCCAAACCAAAGGAGCAGCAGCAAGCGGAGCAGGAGAGGGAGAAGGAGCAUGCUUGAAUGUGUCAUUUAAGAUGUUACAUUGCACUCGUUGACCGAAGGAUCGAGUGGGGAGUGGGGUAAAGGCAUGCAAAAAUACGUACACGGAAAAGAUACAUACGAGUAGAUAUGUAUAAAGCAUAUGCUCUAGGUUAUAUGUAGGGUUACAUAAACACACACAAACGCAGAAUAGGAGGAGGAACUUUAGUCAAAGUAAUUAUAUUUUAGUGGGAACUGCUUACUGACCUUAUGUUAUGCCUACAUCUACAUUCGGCGAUCCUAAGUAUGUAAUUAACUCUAUAAUUGUACAUUAAUUUGCAUAAGUCUAAACCAAUUUUAGUGUGAGAACAAGAAUUCUUUCGUUUAUCCUCUACUCUCCUCUCCCCUCCACUCCCAAUCCCUCGCUCCCACUAGGCGGAUUCCUUUUAGUUUGUCCUCUGUCCCAUUCCCUACCUACCAAAUGUCUUUGAACAACUUUUGUAAUAUAUGCCACACUUAUGUAUACCGAAUACACAAUCGAAUACCCCAUAUGCAUGCGUACAUAUAGAAGGACACACUUUCAUAUAUACAUAACUUUAUAUAGUAUAUGGGAAUACUCAUUAACCAACCCUAAAAGAAAUUAAGUAUUACGAUUCGAGGCGAGGCGAGGCGAGGCGAAACAACACAAUUCCACAAAUGUCAUCCAUCUAUCUAUCUAUCUCUCAUAUUCCCAAUCUUCGUCUCCCACUCUGCGGAUGAACAAAAGAGGACUUUUCAUGCAUUUCCCAUCCGGAUAAACCGAAACCAAUUUCCUAAGCACACGAUCUCAUACGAACGCAAUUUAAGCAACAUCGGAACAAGAACCAACCAGCAAGUCUUCAGCAAAAACAGAAACAGAAACAUCAACAGUUCAAAGCGGAAUUGAGUGCGGUGUUCAGGACUCUGACUCUCGAGCAACUUAGCGUUAGAUAUAAAAGUAAACAUGCAUAGCCCCUGCGAUCUAAGCUAUCUAUACGAUCUAUACAGCGAAAUUAGAAAGCUAAAUUAACAAUUGACUGCUGCGUAUUAUACAUACAUAUAAAUAUAUAUACACACCGAUAUAUAUAUAUCUAUAUAAAGAAAAGCCACUAAAUAUUGUACACUCCUCCCCAGAUUUGGCGGUGGGCGAGCGCCUUCCCGCCCUAUCCUGAACAUAUGAGUACCGAUUUCAACUUCCAUAUACAUACGACUAAGACUAAAUAGUGAAAUUAUUGAAUGAACGUAAAUAUCGAUAAUGCGGCGAGGAUGAGGGGGUCUGGCCUGGCGUUGAGGCAGAGGCGGAGGAGGAGCAGGAGAGUUUAGUUCUUAAGGCAUACAAAAGUGAAAUUGUUUAUUAAGUGGAAAAGAAAUUUAUUUAUACUGCGGAUCGGAUCAGAUCCGAUUGGAUCGGAGUAGUUGUGUAUAAUUCGAAUGCAUAUAAAUAUUUUAGUUUUCUGUAAUUUAACACUCAUUUUAUGUAGUAUAUUGACUGUGAAAGGUGGCGUCGAUAUGCAGAUGUAUGAGCGUAUAGAUUAUAUGUAAUACCUAGUUAUAGGGCGGCCAGACGCGGUCAGUCCGAGGCGUAUGUAAAUGUUAUGAUUUUUGUAUUUUUAUAUAUGAUCUUUGCUGGCAGCAUUGCGGCAACAAUGACAGGCAACAAUUUAAUAUUAAAACACACGUAAACUAUUUUAAACAAGAAGGGAGAUCGCGGAUCCCGGUGCGCGGAGCGAGCGCAUACUUUUUAUGUAUUAAAUUAAAUAUAUAUUAUACACUUAUAUACAACAACAAGAAUAUUCAAUAUACAUACGUGGCGAUGCAGACGCGGAUUAGGAAGAGACAUUGAGCAAACAUUGACUUGAGAUCAAAAUAUAUAUAAAAUAAAUCAGCAACGGAUUCAUUUAGAACUGUAAGAGGGGCAUAAGUUAUAGCGGCGGAUGAGUCGAGGCUGAACGAAUAGAGGCGCAAACAUUAUAUGCAUAUUCAACAAAAAGAGCGAACAGUGAAAUAAACAUCCGACGUUUGUAUGUGAAAACCAA